CCAUUAUCUUAUAGUAGUCCCCGUUUUAUUUACUGCGUGUCGAGACUUAAAUUUAAAUUUUUUUGAUGACUGGCAUAAGCGCGAGUGCACGAGUUAAAAUAACUAGAAAGACUUCACAAGCGGUAAACCCAGCAAGCAAUCCAGCUGACAAGAUGUGUGACCGCAAGGCGGUGAUCAAGAAUGCUGACAUGAGUGAGGAGAUGCAGCAAGAUGCUGUGGACUGUGCCACGCAGGCACUUGAGAAAUUCAACAUUGAGAAAGACAUAGCAGCAUUUAUCAAGAAGGAGUUUGACAAGAAGUACAACCCAACAUGGCAUUGCAUCGUGGGCCGCAACUUCGGCUCCUAUGUGACGCAUGAGACCCGCCACUUCAUCUACUUUUACCUGGGCCAGGUUGCAAUACUGCUCUUUAAGAGCGGCUAGGCUGUGCCCAGCGGCCUUAGUGUAAGCUUUCCAGUAAACCAAUGUGACACUGGAGUUGGCUUAAAGCUGACUGUACAUUAGCUUCUAUCUCUUGUUUUAAUUUAUUUGCAUUGGCUCCACAUGCAAGUGUAAUGAUCUAGUCGCUAUAGCAGCUGAUUUUUCAAACAUAAUCUCAGGGCUAAUGGGUAGCUUAUGCCACAUGUUCAGUCAUCCAAGCAUUAGGGUUGCCAUUGGUAACCUAUGAAACUAAAGUGUGGGGUGGUUGGUGGAUUAAGUGAUAAGUAUUCCAAAAGAUAGUAGCCAAUAUACAGCCAGCAAACACAACUUGUCACUUUGUAUGGAAGGUCAAACAUAAUGUUUAAACUUCCAUAUAAAGGCGCGCGUUUACUCAACUCCAGUGUCACAUUUGUCAUCUUGAAAUCUUAUACAAGGAUCCGAGAUCAAUCUAAAUUUUUUGUUGUUAGUGAUGCAUCCAGCCAGCUGUCCCCAGACAUGCUAUCUAUUGUAUAGAACUUUACAUUCCUACCUGUAGGUAGUAGUCCUACACACAGACUAAAGGGAAAUUGGUAGACAGAAAGAUGUGCCUCCAAUGUAUGAAUAAAUUCUAUGACAUUCUAGUAUAGCCCAGAGAGUCCAAUUUAAAAAACUUAAAUAGAUAUGCAGUUUGCAAUCUGAAUUUAAAACUAAAUAGUGCGCAAUUAACUUUCAAAACAUCUAAUAAAAACAGUCUUUUGUACCACUUGAUUUGUAAUGAUUGGCUCUGUUUCUUAAAAACUGACAAUAAUUCAUUGAUAAAUAAGGUGCAAUUCAGAAACUAUAACCCAAUUGACAUAAUUAGUAAUGCACCUCAAUUUGAAUCCAGCUUCACAAAUAACUGGUGGGUAAACACGCUUUGUUGUGGCUUCACGUUUUGGUUGUGCUGGCUUUGCCCAUCUUCUUUAGUCUGUGGUCCAUUGGUUCUCUGAUAGUGUAACGCCUGGGCCGACGGUGCGAGAGGUGUGUGUGUGUGUGUGUGUAUGAAUGACUCACGAGCCUUUAUUUAAUGCUGGACAUGCCGUGUUGAUCUCCACACUAGAGGGAGCCACACACGCAACUUUUUUCAAACCUGCAGGAUUUAAUGAAGACUUACAUUGAGUCAGUUCAUAAUGCUUAAAUGCUGAUUCAGUACUGAAAGCGUGUAAGUAAAUUCUAGUCAGUACUGACGCCGCAAUAUUUCUCCUACUGACUUUGUAACUUCUGUAAAUCUAUUAUUAUUCUAGCCUAUAUAAGUCUCAGUGCAGUUCUUGCUUCACGUAAAACUUUACAUUGAGCUAGUCACUGACUUAAAAAAUAAUAUUAUUUGUAAAUCUUAACAUUGGUCAGUACUGUCGAUAAUGUAAGCUAGCUCUAAUGUAACAAAUAUUUUUACUAACUACUAUAAAUUAUGGACACUAAAAUGUAAUGUACUUCUGCGUGCAGCCACACUGACCAGUUACUGACUCAAUGUAAUUUGCCUUUAGGUUUUACUUACUGUUUUUGUUAUCAUGUGGCAUCCCAUGCUCCCGGCGCACGAUGUAUGUAUGUACUGUUAGCUACUUUAAGAACAUAAUAUUACUUGGGUAAACACAUCUAGUGUAUUUAUAUUAAAUGGAAAUUUAUUUAAUUAUUCCUAGACUAUACCUAGCAUAGAGUAAAGUCAUAUGUUAGUACUUAUCUAAAUUUAUUGUUUAGUUUCUUUGUUAAUAUAUUCACUGGAGACCUUUUCAAAACUUCUAAUAAUUAAUUAAACUUUCUUACAAACCA